GACAGUGCGACGUAAAACAGAAAUGAUUGGUAACAUUCAAGGAUUCACCAAAUCUAAACAAAGUAAAAAUAAAUUGAUCCAGGAACAAGCACAUCUUACCCUGACAUCACAGCUAAGAAAUUCUCUUUCUGAUCUGGUUCAAAGAUUUCUUAAAUGUGACUUACAUUUUGUGAGGUGUUUUCGUCCAAAUCAUCAGCUCAUUCCAUACCAUUUCGACGAUGAGUUGGUCAAGRCACAGCUCACAUACAGUAGUGUGAUGGAGACGGUGCUCAUGCGCCAGCAAGGGUUUCCUGUGCGCGUUGCCUUUGGUCCUUUUAUCAAUAGGUACAGAAUUCUUGCUUAUCGUUCAACCAUGAACGUGAAAUAUGUUGCAAACACCUGCGAGAAAAUAUUAUGGACUAUCAGUGGGUUGGAGUGGAAGAUUGCUAAAACCAAGGUGUUCAUGAAAAACAGCUGUCGAGACAAACUCGAACACAAGCUUCUUAAGACCCAACAGGGCAUAGUGAUCAUACAAAAAUUGUUUCGUGGACGGAUUGCAAGAAGAAAAUUUAAACUUCUGCAAUUUCAGAAAGAGAGRGAACGAGCUAUAGUCAAGGACUUUCUGUCAAAGGUCGAGAAUAGGAUGGCCAUGGUGUUUAAUCAUUUUUAUAAUCAAGUUACUGAAGAAGACGGCAGAUCUAAAACAAAUACCUCSAAGAGGUCUUUGGUUGUUGAUAACGAUGAAAUAAAGGAAAGGGCGCUGAAUAUACUCAUGGGUAAUAAAGGAAAAUGGAGCAAAAAYUCAUCGUCACAGCUGUCUUCCCCCGAUUCAAGGGAAGACUUGCCGAAAUCAUCAACACCAGAUCUGCCUAACCGUGAUGACGAGUCUGAUUCAGCGACAAUGCCAAGUCACAACCUCUCGAUGAUCGAUGCUCUUAUCGUGUCUCCCGUCAAAGUAACUCAACCCCCACAUCUCGCUCAAAAUUCUGAUAGCGAAACAGAUGAAGAACCAAGAAGCCCACAAACAACAGGAGAAUUCUCUCCUGACGGUUCCCCGCUAUUGUCGAUCUCCAACAUCUUUGAGUCCGACGCAGUUUCUCCCGUCCUGUCUCCUACUUCAACAAGUUCGGAUGGCGCUUCUGAUGAAGAUCUAUAUUCUCCUGAACCUAUUAAUUCAAUUACCGGUAUAUUUAGUAGUGAGAAUGUUGAUAUGGAUCAGGAGACGUCCUCGGAGGAAGAAACACUUGCAGAGCUGUCCAUAACGGAUAUAUUUAAUGAUACAUCAGCUAACUCCACCAUAGUAACGUCACCUGAAUGUGAUACGUUACUGGACAGGCCUACCUUAGCUGGGCGGGAGUCGAACCUCUCGACGGUUUCCUACGAAUCUACGAUGUCAAAGGACGCAGACGAUGACAUGAAGGUUGCCAUGGAAUCACCUGGUCUGUGGUGUACUAUCACGUGCUAUGAACGUGAUAUAUCACGUGGCGAGUUCCACGUGGACCGCCCCGUCAUUAUCGUCGAUGGCUCAAGCAAUGCUUUUGACGUAACGAGGAUAGGUAUUGGGUCCAUGCCAAUCACACCAGGAGACAAUAAGGUGGAGAAAGUAAGGCUGUGCGUUGGCAAGGGAAUCAAGUUGACGAUAGAUGAAAAGGGCAACAUGUGGGUCAAAAGAUGCAGCAAGAAUAAAGUAUUUGUCAAGGGGCAUCAUUUAUCUUCCGAAGUGAUUGAGGUAAAGGGAGUGUUACCCAAAGGAAAGUUACUCAAGAUUUUUGACUUCGAUUCAUUUGCCGACAACCUCAAUUAUGUGUGUGACCCAAAACGAUACGAACCAGGGAAGAGUGAGGAUUUAUUGGCAUCCACCAAGGUGUGUAUCUGUUUUGUUAAGGACGCUGAUCAAGACAUUGAUGCGCCUUGCUGGAUCGAGGUAGAAAUGACUGAGCCAAGUCGAGUGACAAAAGUCGCACUGGAUCUUGCCAAGGAUAUACGCAGACAGGAACGAGAGAAACGUGGAGAUCGAACACCGCCCAUUCUACGAGCAAAAAUCGGAAAAUCCCGGCAAGCCAUUGCGGUGGAAACAUGGGAGAAAAAAGUUCGUCCAAAAAAGUACAUUGAUUCAUUCAAGUACAGACGAAGAGGAUGGGCACGCAAGAAAGUCUCAGURAACCCUUUCGAUUUCGGCUWUCAGAAUCAUUUGGAAAAAGUAAAGGCUGAAAGUUCCAGGCUGAGAACACAGUCUUCCCCAGGAGAUUUGGAAAAUGUUUCACCUAAUGAUGAUUUUGGAGUAAGUGAUGAUGUCUUUGAGGCUUCAGCACAAGAAGACAGCUUUAAUACCAGUGAAGGUACCUCCAUGUCAAAGAUGUUCAAUAGGGCAAACACAGAGGGACAAAUCCUGAGCCAAAACAAGGCACUUGAAGUAGAUAAGAGUGAAGAUAUCUCUAAGUCAAAGUUCAACAGAGCAAAAACAGAGGGACAGAUUCUUAGCAAAACCAGGACAGACGAGGAAGGAAAGAAAAAAUGGGCCAAAGAGAAAUUGAAGGCUAUGCAAGCAACUAACAGAAGAGGAAGGCAUAAAACUACCUCAUGAAGGAGGAUAGAUAAAAAUCCACAAACAGGAGAUUGACUAUCAUUUAUCUGUAGAAAAAUUAAGCUGGAUACUGGGCACUGUAGUUUGAGUUUGAAUCAUGGUCAAUUUUUUAGCCCCCACCYCCCACCCCCUUCCCUGACGAGGGUCAAUGACCUGAAAGCUUUGGAUUCAACAUAGAAGAAACAAAAAUACACUAGAUAAGAAAUAAUAUGCUAUCAAGGUAAUAAGGUUACUGUCCAAGGGAAAAAGCAAGGACUCUGGAGCUUCCUAAUAAUUUAGUGCCUAGAUUGGAAAAUCACACUAGAAUGAGGAAGGAUAAAAGCAGGGGGUUUAUAUGGAA